UACCAAGUUCAUCAUAUUUUGUAUUCCCGCCAUUUUUCAUAUGCUUAAGCACAAUUAGAUCACUCCUUUCGACCAUCAAAUACUACAAACAUGUCUAUCUCUAUAUCCUCAAACAUUAAAAUCACUCUUUUCUUCAUCGUUUCGAUAUUCCUAAUUCGUAUCAACUCGCAACCUACUCAUGAUAUUUUCGGAUCAUGUCAAGGUGGUGGUAAGGAUGAUGAAUACAAAUCUCAAACCGACAUCGACAAAGCCAUAACUCAACUCAUAUCCAAUGCAUCAAACACAUACUUCAGCAAUAUAUCAACCGGCUCCGGCUCAGACCAGUUCGACGCCUUAUACUAUUGUCGAUACGAUUUCUCACUUCAAACUUGUAAAAGUUGUGUAGAAAGUGCCUUUGAAAUAGCUCAUUCAUGCCUUCCAAAUAAAGAAAGCGACAGAUAUUUUGAAGAGUGUAUGGUAUAUUACUCUAACAAUUCAAUCUCUACUGAAAGGGAAGGUAUGUCAAGGAUGGCCACAAAUGGUGGUCGAAAUUUAACUGUGGAAGAGCAAUCCAAUUUUAGGCAGAUUUUGGACAAAACCAUAAGCAAUCUCAUCAAUAACGUGAGUUCGGAGUUUAAUACUUCCUCCCGUAACUUUGCUACCACAUCAGAGAAAUACUCGUCGACUGAGACCUUGUACGCAGUCGGGCAAUGUAAUCCGUAUAUUGCCUCCACAAAUUGCAGUACAUGCUUGCAAGGAAUUUUCGAAUGGUUCAUGACCCCUAAUAGUAUUAAGGACGUAACAUAUGCACAAAUACUUUCGCCCAUCUGUCGAUUAAGUUACUUAUUAUCGAACGAGGAGCUAAGUCGUCCAUGGAAUUUUGAGGGAUAUAUAGCACGGCAUUUAAAUGUAUCGCCAUCUUCAUUUUCAGGAACACGAGGAAGUUCAAUACUUGGUGCAAUAAUAGCUAAUGUGGCAUUGUGUUUGAAGCUUCUCCUCUAAUAAUUAUAUACAUGUGUGUAUCUAUGUGUAUUUAUACCUAUACAUAUGACGAUUUAAAUUAUUUAGUAGGCAUGUAAUGACUAUAAUAUUGGUGAAAAUGUUUGAUUUAAAAAAUUAUAUAAAAAAAUAGCAAAGUAAGCUCGAAAUAUUAGAAAUUUUUAAAAAUUAGCCAAAAAUAAAGUAAAAAAAAAAAAAAUUGUUCUAAGCCCGUUAGGUUGACCCAUACCCGAAACUUUGGGCUAGUGUGAACAUUUCUUGACCCAUGACCUGAAGUGACUCAACUCGAAAUGACCCGUGAUCCAAUCCGAUUGAGAGUUCUACAUAAAGUAAUAAAAUCAUAUUAGAUUGUGAAGUAUUUUAUUUUAAUCGGUUAGGAUAUACUUCGUAUUAUAAAUGAAUGUUGUACGUUUUGAAUUACUUCCU